UAUCCUCCCUUUCUCCACCACUCCACCACCUUCACGAUCGCUCUGUUCGACUCUCCGCAGAACUAGAACCUACCAGAAGCAGCAGCCCACUCCCCCUCCUCCCUUUUUUGUUUUUUUUAUAUUUUUUAUAUAUUCCCAAUCCCGCCAUACCCCUAAUAUUUCCCCCAUUUCCCUGAACGACCCCGCCGGAAGCAGAGAAAGAGACCUCACCGGAUUCCGCAAAUGGCGGCCUCGCUUUCCGCCCAUCACCACCACCUCCUCCGCCUCGUCCCCCUGCCUUCCAAGAGCUCCGGAAGGAGCCCCUCCGUGGCGGCGUUGUUUCCCGUAUCCUCUAAUGGCCUGAGAUCGCCGAGCGCCCUAAGGGCACUCAGGUGGUCGGAAACCCUGGGGAGGAGCGACCGCUUCGUCUCGAAGAGGGCUGGGAGGUCUGGGAGAGGUUCGAGGUCGGUCGUCAUCAGAUGUGAAGCGUCCAAGGAUGGGAGGAUUACUCAACAAGAAUUUACCGAAAUGGCUUGGCAAGGAAUUGUUUCAUCACCUGAAGUUGCAAAAGAGAGCAAGCAUCAGAUUGUGGAGACAGAACAUUUGAUGAAGGCUUUGUUGGAGCAGAGGAAUGGGCUUGCUCGUCGCAUCUUUUCCAAGGCUGGAAUUGAUAACUCCCGGCUUCUUGAUGCUACUGAUAAGUUCAUCCAGAGGCAGCCAAAGGUCCUGGGUGAGACAGCUGGUUCCAUGUUAGGACGAGACCUUGAGGCUUUAAUUCAGAGAGCCAGGGAGUUCAAGAAAGAGUAUGGGGACUCAUUUGUGUCAGUUGAACAUCUAGUUCUUGGUUAUGCCGAUGAUCGGCGAUUUGGGAAACAACUAUUUAAGGAUUUUCAAAUUUCACUUCAAACCUUACAAUCUGCUAUAAAAGCUAUUAGAGGAAACCAGACUGUUAUUGACCAAGUUGCAACAGAUCCAGAGGGCAAGUAUGAAGCCUUGGAGAAAUACGGGAAGGAUUUGACUGCUAUGGCACGUGAAGGGAAACUUGAUCCAGUUAUAGGGAGAGAUGAUGAAAUCCGUAGAUGCAUACAAAUUCUAUCAAGGAGAACAAAGAACAAUCCUGUAUUAAUUGGUGAACCUGGUGUUGGAAAAACUGCCAUAUCAGAAGGGCUUGCCCAGAGAAUUGUGCAAGGUGACGUUCCUCAGGCAUUGAUGAACCGAAGGCUAAUUUCCCUUGAUAUGGGUGCACUUAUUGCUGGGGCAAAAUAUCGGGGAGAAUUUGAAGACAGAUUGAAAGCGGUAUUGAAAGAAGUGACUGAAUCAGAUGGUCAGAUAAUACUAUUCAUUGAUGAGAUCCACACUGUUGUUGGAGCAGGUGCCACAAAUGGUGCAAUGGAUGCAGGCAAUCUGCUGAAACCAAUGCUUGGUCGGGGGGAGUUGCGCUGUAUUGGUGCAACAACCCUUGAUGAGUAUCGUAAAUAUAUUGAGAAAGAUCCAGCUUUGGAACGUCGGUUCCAGCAAGUUUAUGUUGACCAACCUAGUGUUGAAGACACAAUCUCUAUACUGCGUGGAUUGCGUGAAAGAUAUGAGCUGCACCAUGGAGUUCGUAUAUCUGACAGUGCACUUGUGGAGGCUGCAAUUCUUUCAGAUCGUUAUAUCAGCGGGCGCUUUUUGCCUGAUAAAGCUAUUGAUUUAGUUGAUGAGGCUGCUGCUAAAUUGAAAAUGGAGAUUACAUCCAAGCCAACUGCUCUGGAUGAGAUUAAUCGUUCUGUACUGAAGCUAGAGAUGGAGCGUCUAUCUUUAACUAAUGAUACAGACAAAGCUUCAAAAGAUAGAUUGAGCCGCCUUGAAGCCGAAUUGGCACUCUUGAAAGAGAAGCAGGCUGAACUUACUGAGCAGUGGGAGCAUGAAAAGUCUGUAAUGACACGUAUUCAGUCUAUAAAAGAGGAGAUUGACAGGGUGAAUUUAGAGAUUCAGCAGGCAGAACGUGAAUAUGAUCUUAAUCGAGCUGCUGAAUUAAAAUAUGGGAGCCUUAAUACCUUGCAGCGUCAACUUGAAAUUGCAGAAAAGGAGCUGGAUGAAUACCAAAGAUCAGGGAAGUCAAUGCUCAGAGAAGAGGUUACUGGAAAUGACAUAGCAGAAAUUGUCAGCAAAUGGACAGGCAUUCCGGUUUCCAAGCUGCAACAGUCUGAAAGAGAGAAACUGCUGCAUUUGGAAGAGGAAUUGCACAAGCGUGUUGUGGGUCAAGACCCAGCUGUGAGAGCAGUGGCAGAAGCUAUCCAGCGGUCAAGGGCUGGCUUGUCAGACCCACACCGUCCAAUUGCUAGUUUCAUGUUCAUGGGCCCCACGGGAGUUGGCAAAACAGAGCUGGCAAAAGCCCUUGCAUCUUAUAUGUUUAACACUGAGGAAGCUCUUGUGAGAAUAGACAUGAGCGAGUACAUGGAAAAGCAUGCAGUCUCAAGAUUGAUAGGAGCCCCACCUGGCUAUGUUGGAUAUGAGGAAGGUGGCCAGCUGACUGAGACAGUACGCAGGAGGCCUUAUGCUGUUAUAUUGUUUGAUGAAAUCGAAAAGGCCCAUUCUGAUGUGUUCAAUGUUUUCCUUCAAAUACUGGAUGAUGGCAGGGUGACUGAUUCACAAGGUCGCACCGUCAGUUUUACCAAUACAGUCCUCAUCAUGACAUCCAAUGUGGGUUCUCAGUACAUAUUAAAUAUGAAUGAUGAGACUGAGUCAAAGGAUUCUGCCUAUGAGGCUAUUAAGCAGAGGGUAAUGGAAGCUGCAAGAUCCGUUUUCCGCCCCGAGUUUAUGAAUCGUGUUGAUGAAUAUAUCGUUUUCCAGCCUCUGGACCGUGAGCAAAUAAACAGUAUUGUCAGGUUACAGUUGGAGAGAGUACAGAAGCGAGUUGCAGAUCGGAAGAUCAAAAUUCAGGUGACGGAUGCGGCAGUUGAGUUUCUGGGGAGCCUGGGAUAUGACCCCAACUAUGGUGCUAGACCGGUGAAGCGUGUAAUUCAACAGAACGUGGAGAAUGAACUAGCAAAGGGUAUAUUGAGGGGUGACUUCAAGGAUGAGGACACCAUCUUAGUGGACACAGAAGUCUCUGUGUUCUCCAAUGGCCAGCUUCCCCAGCAGAAACUUGUGUUCCGAAGAGUGGAUCCAGAUUCGUCAGAUAAGCCUGCUUCCGAAGACCAGAAGGCUUUCUUGCCUAGUGCCUG